AGAGAGGGAGCGUAACAAAAGAGCCGCUCUGCGCAUCUGCAAAACGCUAUCGCCUUGCUCCCUGGCUCGGACAUGGCGGAAGAGCGGGAAUACCUAUCGGUCUCCGGGGCUCGCAUUAAGCUGCGGCCCCUCCACCAUAGCGCCUCCUGUCGGGAGCUCCAGGUGCGCUGCCCGCGGCUGCAGUUGGGCUCGUUGAGCGCCGUCACGUGCUGCGUGUGGCUCGUGGCUUAUGGGCUCUUCGUCGUCAGCCAGAACAGUAUGGUGCUCUCUGCUUCUAUAUUUAUCACACUGAUUGGCCUACUUAUAUACCUGCACUUUGUGAAAAUUGACCAGGAGUCUCUGCUGAUAAUUGACUCGCUUGGAAUACAGAUGACCUCGUCCUAUGCAUCAGGGAAAGAGAGCACAACCUUUAUAGAGAUGAACCAGGUCAAAGAUGUGGUCAUCAAUGAAGCCAUUUAUAUGCAAAAAGUUAUCUACUACUUGUGCAUCCUUCUCCAAGAUCCUACUGAACCUCAUGCUGUUUCUGAAGUAGUGCCACUAUUUCAGAGCUCCAUGCCACGUCUAGACUGCCUUGUAGACAUAUACAAAAAUUGCCAAGAAAUCCUGGAGCAGAGGAAAAAAUCUUGAUCCAGCUUUUAAUGUGAAACUUUUUAUCAAGACAGAAGAACCACAAUAAUACAAGUUUGCUUCAAGUUAUUAGGUGAAGUUUUCCAAGGCAACCGUGUCAAUCUACCUGGCUAAGUUGACAACUAGGUAAGACUAGAUUCAAAUCCACCAAAUUGGGCUGGGAAGUGGCUCACCAGGCUAAUGCAGCCUGUUAUUAACACACAGCUGCCUGCAAUUACAAUUACUGCAGGCUUGAGUCCCACCAGGCCCAAGGUUGACUCAGCCUUCCAUCCUUUAUAAGGUAGGUAAAAUGAGGACCCAGAUUGUUGGGGGGGCAAUAAGUUGACUUUGUAUAUAAAUAUACAAAUAGGAUGAGACUAUUGCCUUACACACUGUAAGCCGCUCUGAGUCUUCGGAGAAGGGCGGGAUAUAAAUUAAAAAAAAAAAAUUUGCUAGUGCCUUUUUGAGAAAGGACUGAACGUGCAGCUGUGAAGAAAUGUUACAGGACAAAAUUACUAAUCCAGGUUCCACAUUUUCUUCAGUCAACCUCAUGAUGUAAGAAGCACAAUGAUAAUUUUUUCCUGUCAAAAAUUAACCCUGUCUAAAUGACUGGAAAUCUACAAGGAAAGUUCAGCAGAAAUAAGAUGAAAAUAAAGCUUUUUCCCUUCCUAAAUAAAAUUCCAUGGUAGACUAGAAUCUGUUUUCUGAUAAAGUUGAGUUAUAUGCUAUGUGCAAUAGUAUUCCUUUUUCAGACUUAAUUUUGUUCAUUAAAUAUAUAUCAGUAUUAGUGGAUAAUGAUAAUGGUAGAUGUAGGUAAGAUCAUUUGUAUUUAUGGAAUUCACAAGUAAAGUGAUUUUUUCCUGAGUGACAUGAGGAUGCACUUCGGUUUUACAAAAAGCCCCCUGGAACAUUAGACACCUGCUUCUUGAACAAUAGCUCCAUUUGCCCAGACAUCUACACCUGAAGUUCAUUUGUGCAUCAAAAGCUGAGAAGCAAAACUUCUAUUAAAAGACCCAAAGGUGCUUUUUCAUCAAGAGGCAACUGGACUUUCUGGUUUUCUUUGAAGACGUUUUGCUUCUCAUCCAAGAAGCUCAGUGAGCUGAAGAAGCUUCUUGGAUGAGAAGCAAAACGUCUUCAAAGAAAAACCAGAUAGUCCAGUUGCCUCUUGGAAAAAGUACCUCUGGGGCAACCAUGACAUCCUAUUAAAAGAAUUAUUAUUAUAUUGAAAAUCUCAUUUAUCAACACCACUUCCAUCUUAAUACGGAACACAGUUUUUAUGCACGGGACACUAGCAUAAUUGUAAAACUAAUUUUUCAUCAGCUAUUUCUAAUGUCCAGUUAGGGCUAGGUGACAUAGUCGGUAAUGAAAUAUCUGUCAAAAUUGCUAUACUUUAAAAGAAACAAACUAUAAAUAAAUAAUAAUUUAUUUACAUGAGAACCUGUAUGAACCAGAAGAGAGCCCCAGCUAAUAUCUUCCAUAUUGGAGUUUCCAUUUUCUAUUUAUAAAAAUGAGGAAAAGAAAAUACAAUUAUAUGGUACAAGCCAAAGGAUUAUCUGGUUGGUAAAUGUCAUGCUCUGUCAUGUAUAAUAUAUCUAGAUUUGUUCAUAAUGUUGCUAAAUCACCAAAACAUUUACAAUUUUUAUUUUGUCAUGUGCAUUAAAAUACAUCAGUGGGAAUGAUAUAUUUCAGUGAAAGUAGCUUCACUUCACACAAACAUAUACAUACACAUACACAGACACACAUAUACAUAUACAUACUCAAAAAUCUGAGCAAUACACAGGCCUACAGUACAAUACUUGAACUAAGAUUUAAGCAUUUUUUACAUCUACUAACAUCCUGCUUUCUUUAAAACUUAGGAAAGAAAACAUUCCACAAACCUAUUUAACUUGUGUUGCUCAGCUGCUCUUAUCACUGGUCUUGGGUUCUUACUGUCGUUCUCCAAAUAUUUAGCUUCUCAUGGCCUUGACCUAUUGUUUCCUGAUGUUGGUCCACAAGAUGUGUAAUUGAUACAUAUGUAUAUUCUUUGCACAUAGCUUAAAUGAAUGUAAACCUGUAAAGGUAUCUCCUGUGCAACUGGAUGUCAUGCAUAUUUAUUUGAAGUAAGUAAGUCAUACCCUCAAGGGUAUAUUGUGUUGAAGGCUUGGCUUUCAUUCUUUUGCUUAAUCAUACUGGUUCUCAGUUUUUUUAACUUACUUUAUUGUAUUUUGAAUAAAACAUAUUAGCUCCA